CAACUGCAGCACAGUUCAGAACUUCGAAGGAGUUGAAUCAAAGAGGGGUAUUUAAUAAAGAAACGAGGAAAACAACACGCCACAUCCAAACGAAACAAUCGCAGACAAAGAACUGAGGAGAACAUGGCAUUUAAAAGCAAGAGGAAUGUAAUCAGACACAGGCAUUUCUUUUACAGUGCAUUCAUGCUGUUAAACAAGUUUCAGUAGUUCAUAAGAAAAACUCAACCCCAUUUCCAAAGCAUUCAAAAACAUCUUGGAUCUUACCUUUAAAAGAGGUGCAGAAGAGCUAUCAUCACUAUUCAGGGAAAUAGCUGGAGUCACACUCUAGGUGCAGAUGGUUUAAUGAAUAAUCCAGGUGUAAAUACAGGCGACGGGUGAACAAGAAACAGGCAAAAAUCCAGAGAACAACGGGUAAUCCAAAAAUAGGUAUCAACUAUAACAAGCAGAACUAGGAAACAGCAAACAGAGGUGCUGGAUGAUGGCGUCUGUUAAAGAGCUUCUCUUGAACUCACUGAGAGAACUGAAAAAAGAUCAACUUAAAGAGUUUCAGUGCCACCUGAAGGAUAUCGACGGUAUUUCAACUUCAGAAAUGGAUAAUCCAGAUGUCUUAGAGACAGUAGAGAAGAUAGUGGAGCGUUAUAAACAAGAAGAAGCUGUGAAGAUGAUGGUGGAGCGUUAUAAACAAGAAGCUGUGAAGAUCACACUGGACAUCCUGAGGAAGAUGAACCAGAACCAGCUGGCUGAAGAACUAGAGAACAAACAUAAAGAAGAUCUGCAGAAUGCAAAUGUCUUAGAUACAGUAGAUAAGAUGGUGGCGCAUGAUGGAGCAGAAGAAGCUGUUAAGAUUACACAGGACAACCCAAGAAAGAUGAUACAGAUCCAGUUGGCUGAAGAGCAAGAGAACAAACAUAAAGAAGGUGCAGCUGCAGUCGACAGUAAAGCUGAGGAUUACAGUGAGUUCAGCAACAGACUGAAGAACGACUUGAAACAGAAAUAUGAGAGAAUUAUGGAUGGUAAUUCACACCAGAAUACGCACUUGAAUGAUAUUUACACUGAUCUCUAUAUAGUAAAGAAUCAGACGGGUGGAGUAGUGACUCAACAUGAAGUGAGACAGAUUGAAUUAAACAAAACUGCUCCUGAGAACACGUCAGUCAAGUGUAAUGACAUAUUUAAAGUCCACCGUGAUACAGGUCGACAAAUCAGAAAAGUGCUGACGCUGGGCAUCGCAGGUGUGGGCAAAACUGUCUCUGUCAGUAAAUUCAUCCUAGACUGGGCUGAAGGGAAAGAAAAUCAGGAAAUCAUCUUUAUUUUUCCUCUGCCCUUCCGUGAGCUGAAUCUGAUUCAAAAGAACGACAGUCUAAUGGAGCUGAUUAAUAAAAACUUCUUUAGUUCUAAUAAACAACUGUCUUCACUGCCUAAACAAGAAGAUAAAGUGAUGUUCAUCUUUGAUGGUCUGGAGGAGUGUCGCUUCUCUUUGAGCUUUGAGAAGACCGAGAGAUUGACAGAUGUUUAUGAAAAAACAACAGUGGAUGUGAUAGUCACAAACCUGAUCGAGAGAAAUCUGCUUCCAUCCGCUCUCAUCUGGAUCACCUCCAGACCGGCAGCAGCCCAUCUGAUACCUCCAGAUUACAUUCACCAGGUGACAGAGAUACGAGGAUUCAAUGAUGAGCAGAUGGAGAAAUACUUCAUUAAAAACAGCAAACCUGACAUGUCAGAGAGAAUCAUCUCACACAUGAAGAGAUCCAGAAGUCUGUACAUCAUGUGUCACAUUCCCAUCUUCUGCUGGAUCUGUCUCAGUGUUCUCCAGCCUCUGAUCACUCAAGAGAAUCAGGACAAAAUUCCCACAACUCUCACAGGGAUGUACAUCUACUUCUCACUCUCUCAGAUGGAACAGAUGAAAGCAAAGAAACAAAGUGACAACGAUCCUCAGUCUUUUGAAGGUGUUGUUCUGAAGCUCGGGGAACUGGCCUUCAAACAGCUUCAGAAAGGAAAUCUGAUUUUGUACAAAGAAGACCUUGAGGAAUGUGGGCUGGAUGUCAGUGAAGGUUUGGUUUUCUCUGGGUUAUGCAAUCAUAUUUUUCAGACUGAAAAGCCAGUUUCUUGCAGGGAAAUCUACAGUUUUGUACAUAGCAGUGUUCAGGAAUUCCUAGCUGCCCUUUACGUGCUUUUCAAAUACAGAAACAAAAAAACAAACCCAUUCCGCCUCAGAAAAAAAGACAAAUUAAAAAUUAAAUUCAAGAAAAAUUCACUGUUUGACCUUCAUAAGACUGCAAUUAAAACUGCUCUUCAGGGUAAGAACGGACACCUGGAUCUUUUCCUGCGGUUCCUCGUGGGUCUCUCACUGGAGUCAAAUCAGAAUGACCUGAAAGAUCUUCUGCCCUCACUGAAGAUCAAGGCAGAAGACAUGAGACAGACUCCUGAAUAUAUCAUACAGACAAUUUAUAAUGAAGAAUCAUCUGAGAAGAGCAUCAAUCUCUUCUACUGUCUGAAUGAACUGAAAGAUGAUUCACUGAUAACAGAAAUCCAGAAGUAUCUGAAUUCAGGAGCUCUUUCAGAACAAGAUGUCUCUUCUGGUCAGUGGUAUGCUUUGGUGUUUGUGCUGCUGUUGUCUGAAGAGAUUCAAGAGAUGUUUGAGAUGCAGAAAUACAGAAGAUCUGAUGAAGCUGUGAAUCGACUUCUGCCAGUGAUCAGAAAGACCAGAAGAGCUCUUCUUCAGAACUGUAAUCUGACUGCUGCGUGUUGUGAGAGUUUGUCUUCAUGUCUACAAUCAUCAAAGUCUCUGAGAGAGCUGGACCUAAGUAACAAUGAUCUGAAGGAUUCAGGAGUGAAGCUGAUCUCUGAUGCUCUCAAGACUCACAACUGUCAACUACAAACACUGAGAUUGUCCGGGUGUAAUCUGACUGCUGAGUGUUGUGAAAGUUUGUCUUCAUGUCUACAAUCAUCAAAGUCUCUGAUAGAGCUGGACCUGAGUAACAAUGAUCUGAAGGAUUCAGGAGUGAAGCUGAUCUCCGAUGCUCUCAAGACUCACAACUCUCAACUACAAACACUAAGAUUGACGAUGUGUAAUCUGACUGAUGAGUGUUGUGUGAGUUUGUCUUCAUGUCUACAAUCAUCAAAGUCUCUGAGAGAGCUGGACCUGAGUAACAAUGAUCUGAAGGAUUCAGGAGUGAAGCUGAUCUCUGAUGCUCUCAAGACUCAGAAUUGUCAACUACACACACUGAGGUUAUCAGGUUGUAUGGUGAAAGAUGAAGGUUGUUGUUAUUUGGCUUCAGUGUGGAUUUCAAACCCGUCACACCUGAGAGAGCUGGAUCUGAGCUACAAUCACCCACAACACUCAGCACGUCAGCUGCUCUCUGAUAGACUCAAUGAUCCAAACUACACACUCAAUGUGAGUUAUGGAGGAGAGAGAAGAAUUACAUCAGGACUACACAAGUAUUUUCUAAACCUUACACUGGAUCCAAACACAGCACACCUUGAACUCAAACUGUUUGAAGAAAACAGAAAGAUCACAUGUGCAGAAGAGCAUCAGUCGUAUCCUGAUCAUCCAGACAGAUUUGUUGAUGUUCCCCAGGUUUUGUGUAGAGAGAGUCUGACUGGACUCUGUUACUGGGAGGCUGAAUGGAGCGGAUCACAUGUUUAUAUAGCAGUGUCAUAUAAAAGCAUCAACAGGAAAGGAAGGAAUGAUGACAGUUGGUUUGGAUUCAAUGAAAAAUCAUGGAGUCUCAAGUGCUCUGAGAACAGAUUCACUGCAUGUCACAAUAAUAAUAAAACAGACAUUCGUGUCUCUUCAGGUGUAUGCAAGAGAGUAGGAGUGUAUGUGGACUUUUUUGCCGGAACUCUCUCCUUCUACAGAGUCUCUGACACACACACACUCAAACACUUACACACAUUCAACACAACAUUCACUCAACCUCUCUAUGCUGGGUUUUUUGUGGAUCUUUACUCCUCAGUGUCUCUGUGAGAUUAUAAAACUGAUGGUUCUGAUCUUUGAUUCUGAUUGAGUCAUGUUGUAAAUAAUUUCAGAGACACACAAGAUGACUAUUUUAUAUCAAUAUCAUUACAUUUGUGUUGCUGUGUGUUUAUAUGAUAAAUUCUUGUCAUGUAUAUUAAAUAAUGGUUUUGUAAAAGCAAUAAGUUGUGGUAACGCUUUAGAUUAUGACCCGCACAGAACUGCAUAAGUAAACUGAAUUUACGGUGUAAGUUUUGGUAGUAAAAGGCUACGUGUAGGUGUA